UCGAAAACUCUGAGCCUCGACGGAGAAGUCCGCAAUCGAAUUCACGGGGGUGUGUGCGGCCGGUGUCUGUCUGGCCUGUCUCUCCAAUCGAAAAGCCCGUCUGCAGCCCGUCUGUCUGCUGAUGCUCCCGCGAGCCUGCUCGAGAACCAUUGGCAAGCUUGCACGAACCGGAGCUCUCGCGAUGACGACCGAUUCUGUGGCCCUCGCCACCAGAGCCGCAACACCCGCAGCUGGCUCAGCUGCUGUGUCCUCUGAUGGCGCAUUAGCAUCAGCACCAGCGCAAGCUGAGCAGCCCGUUGUGGUGGCAGCAACUGCGGCGAUUCCAGCAGCCGUCGAAGAGACAGCGGCGACUGAGGGGAGCGAGAAGGAUGCGACGGUGGUCGUAAGCAGACCUUGGACUGAGAGUGGGAACAAGCCCAAGAAGAACAAGGCAAAGAAGCCGAGCCUCAGGGAUCGCUCUGCCCUCGCCGACGAAAAUACCGCCCUCAUUACUCCAGCGGGCGAUAUCUGGCCACGGCCUUACCACUUCGAGGACGACCUUCGGCGCGUGAAACCCUACCACUUUACGUACAACACUUACUGCAAAGAGAGAUGGCGCGGACGUUCGCUCAUCGACAUCUUCGAGUCUGAAUUCCGAGACCGGCCGGUUGAGUAUUACCGAAACUCCAUGAUCAGGGGCGACAUCUACGUCAACGGCAGAGUGGUCGGCCCAGACUACAUUGUGCGCAAUGGGGAUGUGAUAUCCCAUACGCUACACAGGCACGAGCCACCUGUGACGGCUGAGCCUAUAGGAAUCAUCCACGAAGAUGACGAUAUCAUUGUCAUCAACAAGCCCUCAGGCGUGCCUGUGCACCCUGCCGGCCGAUACAACUUCAACUCGGUGAUUGAAAUUAUGGUAGCUGAGAGGGGCAGAGACUUCCUGCCACACCCGUGCAAUCGAUUGGACCGCCUCACUAGUGGCAUCAUGUUCAUUGCCAAGAGCGUCAAGUCGGCCGAAGCAAUGGCCAUCAAGAUCAGGGGCCGCACCGUGAGAAAAGAGUAUCUAGCGCGAGUCGUUGGCCACUUCCCGGACGGAGAAGUCGUGUGUGACCAACCAAUCCUCCAGAUAUCCCCGAAACUCGGCCUUAAUCGUGUGCGUGCCAACGGUAAAUCCGCCAGAACAGUCUUCAAGCGCCUUGCAUACUACCCACCGCGUGAUGGGGAUGCAGAGGAGCCGGCUGUGCUAGCGGAGGAUGGAAAGCCACUCACGCCGACGGACAAGGAGCAGCUUGAAGAUGAAAGGAGUAAGCCUUGGCUAAAGAAAAAGGGGUACUCCAUCGUAAGAUGUCUGCCAGUGACAGGCAGGACACAUCAGCUGCGGGUGCAUUUGCAGUAUCUGGGCCACCCGAUUCAAAAUGACCCAAUCUACGCCAAUCAGCGUGUAUGGGGGUUCAACCUUGGGCAGGCAGACGCCGAUGGUUCACAGAAUACUGAUGAGGAUGUUAUUAGCCGCCUCAAUCGCAUGGGAAAGGAAGAAGUGGCCGAAGCCGUCGUCUACUACGACGAAAUGGUGGAUAGAUAUGAGAAGCAGCGGGCAGAGAAGAUGACGGGCGAGCUGUGCGAUAUAUGUGCAACACCGCUCUACUCAGACCCAGGUAGUCACGAGCUAUCUCUCUGGCUUCACAGUCUCCGUUACGAGGAUGCCGACGGUAGUUGGGCCUACACAAGCCCGCUGCCCAAAUGGGCUCUCCCACCCAAGGGCAUGAGCGGACCGACUACCGUAGGUGGGAUGGAGGAGCUUGUAGAGGCCGUCAAGGAUGAAAAUCCUGAGAUUUCGUCCAAAGUACAGGCCAAAGUUAGAGCUGAGGCGGAAGCAAAGGCUCAUGCUCACGAGACAGAACCAGAGCGACUCCCUAAUGGAAGUAACGAAUCAUGAACGAACCAUGUCAUGAAUCAUGAUGCAUAGAAUCUGAGAUGGAAAUACCCAUAGAUAAUAUAUGUUGAGAAAGAAAACGCGUUUGUAUGACCAAGCAGCUAGAACAGCGAAAUCUAGAAAGGCUUUGUUAUCUAGAUAGAUCUUGUCAUUUCAAUCUACAAGGAAAAGCACACCCAAAGGGGGCAUCUGUUAAUUUAAAGAUACCUG